GAAAAACCUCGGGGAGGUUCCUCCCGGAACGGCGGCAGCCUGGCAGGCCCCGAGCGCGGCCCGCGGUGGGGAGGGGAUAGCGGGGCGGACCCGGAGGAGAUGGAGGGCGAGGGGGCCCCGUCAUGGCGGGGUCCCGGCGGGGCCGUGCGGGAGCUCUGCCGCUCCUUCGGCCACUACAACCGGCACCUGGCGCGGCUGCAGCACAACCUGCGAGAGACCAAGAGGUUUUUCCGCGACGUCAAGUACUCCCAGGGACACCCCUUGGCCUCGGCGCUCGCUGGAGACGAUCCCCCCUCCGCCGGCGAUGGGGACGGGGGUCCCGGGGACGGCCCCGCGGCCGGCGGUGAGAGCCCGAUCUCGUUCCCGCGGCCCGACGAGGAGCGGCUGCAGCGCGCCGUGAGCCGCCCGCCGUGCCUGCUGCUGCUGGGCCAGAGCUGCGGUGCCAAAUGCCGGCUCCUGAACGCCCUGCUGGGCCAGCAGCUGCUGCCCUGCCCCCGGGAGCACGGCCACAACGGCUGCCGGCGGCGCCGCGUCCGAUUCACCCACGGGGCGCAGCCGCGGCUCAGCCUGGCGCUGCCUGGGCACUACGAGCUGGUGCAGGCGCUGGUGGCACACCGGGGACACUGGGACACCAUCCCCGAGGAGGACCUGGAGGUGGAUGGGGACACCGAGGAUCCUGCGCAGAGGGUGGCGGAGCUCGAGGUGGUGCUGCCGUCGCCGCUGCUCAAGGAAGUGGACAUCGUGGUGGCUCCGUGCCGCAGCUUCCAGCCAGCUGAAGCCACCCUGGCCGAGCUGGUGCCCCAAGUGCUGCCCGUGGUCACCUUCGCCAUCAGCGAGCCCCAGCUCUCCCCGGCGGAUCAGGCAGAGCUGCGGCAAAUCAAAGCCAAAUUCUCCCUCCCCAUCUUCUUCUUGUGCUCCCCCGACCCCGAGCUGACAUCUCCCAAAAAACCACUCCCAGAGGAGAAAUCCUCCCUCCGCUCUCAGCUGCUGGAGCUGGGCUACCUGAGCCCUUCGGAGCCUCCGUGCGGCUGCGGCGGAGCUCGGAGCUCGCUGGCGGAGCAGCCGGACAAACUGCGGCUCCUGAGCGUUUUCUGCCGGCAGCUGCUCCAAGAGCACCUGGUGGAGGCUGCCACGAGGCUCAACGAGCUGCACUGCCGCUGCCUCAACAUCUUCAUCGACCAGGCUUUCGACAUGCAGAGGGAUCUGCAGAUCACCCCCAAAAGGUUGGAGUACACGCGGAGGAAGGAGAACGAGCUCUACGAGUCGCUGAUGGGCAUCGCCAACCGMAAGCAGGAGGAGAUGAAGGACGUGAUCGUGGAGACGCUGGGCAACAUGAAGGAGGAGCUGCUGGAGGAUGCUGCUGGCAUGGAGUUCCGAG